UCGCAUUGAAGGACGAGCAUCAUAUAUUUUUUUUGCAUUUUUUGGUAAACACAAUUUUAUGUAUGUAUGUACAUGUGCUUUAUACGCACAUAAAAAUAAUAAUAUUAUAAUAAACAAAAAUAAAAAAAGAGUGUAUAAUUUGUAUUAUAUAUGAAUUUUCUUCUUCCUUUAGUUUAUACCACUGUUUGUUUCUAAAGAAAGAAAGCUACGACAAUAUGUUUUAAAACUGAAGAAUGUGAUAAAAGAGCAUUUUUAAUAAUAAUAACAAUAAUAAUAAUGUUGCUGUUAAUAUUAUUCAGUUGACCAGAAAUUAUUUAUGACAUUUAAAGAAUUUUAUGCAAUAUUUGACCAUGCGAAAGUACUAUCAAGCAGUACUAUUUAUAGUUGCAGUUAUUAGUCUUAUUUCUCUUCUUUUUUAUCAACACGAAUACAACAAGUUACGAAAUGUAUUCAAUUAUUUUGGUAAAGUGGAGCACAAGGAUAUUAUUGUUGAUAAUUGCACAAAAGUCGAAAUAAAAAGUGAAAAAGUGAAUUUAGAGUUGGAUGAACCAUUUGCAUCAUGGCAACGAUUAAAUGACGAUUUAUUCGUCUUUUCAUCAUUUACAAAAAAUAAUCGAGAAAUUAUAACUAUUGGUUUCGGAAAAUUGAGAAAUAAUUUUGAUUUGAAUUGUAAUGUUUACUUAGGAGGUGAAAUUGUGUCUGGAAAGUUUACAUAUUCCAUUUUGAAAAAUACAACAGAUACUUUGGAAAACGAUGAAUAUUGUGGUUAUAUUUUAAAGUGUCAACUUGCAGAGGAAAAAAAACCCAUUGGUGUGACGUAUUUCGAAACUACAGAUAAUAAAGGCAGUGUCAUUUUGCCAAUAAAACAAUUGUCUGAAUCUGGGGGUGCGAGUGAAUAUGCUUUUUGUAUUUCACCACUUGAAAAUAAAAUGCCAUCCUUGUUGGAAGUAACAAAUUUCUUGGAUACUCACAAAUUACUUGGAGUUGAAAAUUUCCUUUUAUAUGACUAUAAUAUGCCCAUUAUAUCUGAUCAAGUGUUGAGAAACACGUUGAAGACUAGUUGUACAAAAAUCGCCUGGAAUUUCCCCUUCUCCAAAAUACGAACACGUAUAAAAAUGUCAUUGAUGGAAUUGGAUUGUCUUUACCGCACAUAUAAUAAAGCUACUUACGCAGCUCUAUUAACGUGGGAAGAAAGUAUUGUACUAAAUUAUCAUUCUAGUCUUCAUAAUUUAAUGAUUGACUUUAAAAAAAAUAAAAUGUUUGGUGAUCGUUUCAUGCUAAAUAGUUCAAUUUUCUGUGUACAAAACAACAAAACAAGGUCUUCCGUCGUUAUAAAAAAUCAAAAAUCAAAUUUGAAAGGACGAUCAGUAUAUAUUUUUAAACCUGUCGACGUUCUUGAUAAUGAAAGUCUUAAAACUAUGGAAGUUCUUCCAGAUUUAGUUGAAGUGAAGCGUUAUCAAUUAUGCACGAAUGGUGAACAAAAUGAAAAGCAAAAACAUGUCAAUUUCAGAAAAAGUUUUCGAUUUGCAGCAGACAUAUAAAUAGCACAUUUUACAUAUUACAUAUUACAUAUUAAAUUUCAUGUUUAAAAUCGACAAUUAAAAUAAAAGACUGAUAUUAGGUACCUACUGCAAAUGUGCAUUCAAUUAUAAUAUUUGUCUACGAAAAUAAACUGUAUUAAAAUUUGACAAUAAAAAUGUAUUAUUAGACGAAA